AUGUUAUCAAGUUAUUGGAGUGGGGUCACUACUUUCAAAUAUGGAGGAGUUUCUACUGGAUUUACUUCUCACCAUACUUUAGAAGAUGGCCCUUCCACAUUUCUUUUCAUCAAUAGUUGGGCUGACACGGCUCGAGGCAUGUGCCCUACCAUUGCACCGGUACUGGAUCGAUCCAUUCUUCGAGCUCGAGACCCUCCGGCUCCAAAAUUUCAUCAUGUCGAAUUCGAACCAUCUCCUCCUUUGAAAACAAUUCCCAGACCUUCAAUUGUAUCCCUUUUUAAGAUCAUGGCUGAGCAAGUUAAGGCUCUAAAAGACAGGGUGAAUGCAACUUCAGGUAAUACCAAAUACAGCACCUACAGCAUCUUGACCGCGCACAUAUGGCGCUGCGCUAUAAAAACCCGAGACCUCGCCCAAGACCAACAAAUCAGGUUAAUGAUACCGAUCGACAGUCGAAACCGACUGAGGCGCCCCUUCCUCCCGGUUACUUUGGCAAUGUGA